AUGCCAACAAGAACUACCCCCAAGAAAACCGUUUCAUUUUCUGAUAAUGAACCACCUGUCAAAGAACAACAACAUAUAGAUUUAGAAGAAAAUAUAAAGAUCCCAUUUUCUUUGAAAACUAUUCCAUUCCAUUAUAUCUUGAUUGUUUAUUCCAUUUUGAAACAAGAUAUCACCACUGGAAAUGUCUUGAAUAAUUUAAUUAAUAAUUUAUUUGCGUUGAUUUUUAUGCAAUUGGUUUAUACAUUUUUAUUUGUUACUAAUAUUAUUGAAAUCACUAAGAAAAAACAUCAAAAAAGAGUCAAAUUAUCAAUUGGGAAAGAUUAUAGUUUAAUAAUUAGUUCUAUAUUAAUAUCAUUGGUCUUUGUAUUACCAAUUUAUUUACUUGUUGUAUUAUUUGGUGCUCCAUUUACAACUUAUUUCCAAGAAAAUUUAAUUUUAUCAACUCAUUUAUCAUUCUUAAGUUAUCCAAUUAUUGUUUCAUAUUUUAAAACUGGUGAAAAAUCAAUAUAUUAUAAAUAUUUAGCAUUCAUUGCAAUUGGUGCUUGGUUUGGUGCAAUUGCAAUCCCAUUAGAUUGGGAUAGAGAUUGGCAAAAUUGGCCAUUACCUAUUGUUAUUAGUAGUUAUAUUGGUUCAUUUAUUGGUUAUUCAAUUGUUGGUUUACUCUGA